GAUAAACAGUUAAUACGGCAAACUCAACGGUUGUGUUUGUUUAUUUCAUUGUGUCGUGUUCACGGUGUUCUUGCUUCAUUACACUCUUGUGCGCUAUUGCCUUAACAUACUUGAGAACAAUCGAAUUUUGUUGUUUGUACACACAUUUGUUUUUCAUUUCAUUUUCAGUUGAAGAUCUGUAUCGCACGAAAACCAAACGGAGAAAAGCAUUAUUUUUUUAAAAAAGUAUUUUGGUGCUGCACAUUCGAUUUAAAGUUUAAAACGUUUCUUUUUUUGUCUAUUGUGAAUAUUCAUCGAUUUUAUUUGAAUAAAAAUCCAAAAUUACAAUCAGUUCGCAAAAGAGUCACGAUUUUAAGAAAAAAAUGGAACAAAAUAACUCAGGAGUUGAAUUAACCGCUUUUGCAUCGUUGACAACUGAUGUCAAGUAUAAUGUUGAUCCAAAUCGUGAAAUAACCGAUUCCGAACAAGGAAUUCUAAAGCCGGGCUCAAAAAUUCGUCCACAAGUCAGUGAAGAAGAAGCUGUUCGCUUGGCCGAACGUCUUUAUGGCAUUUCAACGCGAGACAUAUCAGAAUUAGUGUCAUAUGAUGAUAAAAAUUUUCUCAUUCAUGUUGAUACGAAUAUCAAGAAUCCCAUCAUACCAAAUGCAUGGCCGCAUGGUUACGUCUUGAAAAUUAUCAAUUCGUUGGAUACAAAGAAGACAACAUUUUUUGAUGGUCAAACGCAAUUGAUAUUAUUUUUGCGUCAACAAGGUAUCGAAUGCCCAAAACCCGUGAUGAAUAUUUUCGGAAAGUAUAAUUCAAUUGAGAAAAUUGGUGAAUCUACGCAUUUGGUGCGAUUGUUAGAAUACAUUCCUGGCCGGAUAUUCAAUAAUGUGCUUAAAACGAAGCAUCUAUUUUAUCAAGUUGGUGAAUUUGUGGCCAAAAUUGAUUCGGCCUUGAAGCGAUUCCAGCACGAUGCCUAUGAUAAUCACAAAUCAUUGUGGAUGCUUGAUUCGGUGCCGCAAUUGUCAAAAUUUAUCUACGCUCUGAACGACACAAAAAAGCAAGCCUUAGUAGAGGAGAUAUUGAAGGAGUUCAAUGAACAAAUUUUGUCGCAUUCAGCCGACUUUGCAAAAGGUGUUAUUCACGGUGAUUGUAAUGAACACAAUAUCGUCGUAACAAAAACAUCACCAGAUGCGGACGAGUUUCGUGUAACUGGAAUCAUUGAUUUUGGCGACACUUGCUAUUCGUUCUAUGUAUUUGAACUGGCAAUUACAAUUGCUUAUAUGUUAUUACAAUCGUGUGAACUUGAAACGGCUGGCUUUGUUAUUGCUGGCUAUCAAGAAUUACGACCAAUUCCAACCAAUGAACGUAACGUUCUAAAGAUUUGCGUUGCGGCUCGACUGUGCCAAAGUCUUGUAUUGGGCGCCUAUACACACACACUUGAUCCAGAAAAUGAUUAUUUAUUAUCAACUCAGGAUAAUGGCUGGAAGAUGCUAUCGAUGAUUUGGGAAAAGCCCAAAAAUGAACUCGACGAAUUAUGGUUCACCACGGCUGAUGAAUAUUUGAAGCAAAGCGAAAAACGUUAAAUUCAAUGAAUUUGAAAAAUUCACAAAUUUAAACAUAGUAUAGUUUCAUCGUGCAGCAAUAAAAUUUACAAAUGUUCCUUAAUAACAAUCGAACGGUGUUAAUAGAUUUAACUAUAAUAGAUCAAUACGUUCAAAAUGAAUUUCUAUUGAUUCAAAAUGUCUUUUUUGCUUUCGUUAAGUAUUAAUGUGUUAAAAAUUCAAAUAUAAAUCACAUAAGACAA